AUGUCUGCAGCCGAAAUUCUUGUCCCUGCAAAAUUUGUAAGUCAAAUGGUCCAAUUAAUCAUAACAUGUGUCAUCUAUCAAUCACAGUAUGAAAAUUUGCUCAAUUAUCCAAAUGAUCAAUUGGCUGAAUCAUCGUAAGUACAUUGUUAUUAAAUCAAGCUUAUAAGCUGGUGUCACACUCUCGGUCAUAUUUCUAGCUGUUGA